CAGACCACACAAAAAAUACUGAAGUCCAGCAAGACAAACCAGACAGAGACUCUAUAAUGUCUAUCUUUGUGAUACUGGGACUGCUGGUCUGCAUAGAGGCACCAGGGUCCAGUGCUGUGACUCCUGUGUUUGUGAAGAAGGGAGAUGAUCUGCUUCUGAAUGUCACAGAAGAUGUUCCUCAACGUUUUUUUGUUUUUGUGUGGAUAUUCAAAGAAACAGUUUUAGUCACAGUUUCACAUCAAGGUGAAUUAUUAGUCUCUGAUGCUUACACUGGAAGGGUUGAGUUUACUGUGAAAAAAUUCUCUGUGAAACUGAAGAAUCUACAAGAGGCAGACAGUGGAGUUUAUACUGCAGGGGUGAUAGCUGAAAAAGAACAAACACUGGAUGAAUACAACGUCACAGUUCAAGCUCCAGUGUCUCCAGUUGGACUGACAGUGGACUCUGUGUCCAGCAGCUCAGACUCCUGUAACCUCACUGUGACCUGCAGUACACAGGACUCUCACAUCAGCAGCACUUUGAGAUGUGACACUCAAACCUGCAGUCAGGAGGGAGGAGAGCGAUCAGAGGUCACGACCUCUGGUGCUUCUCUCCAUGUCUACCUGGUGAAGGACUCCAUCAUCUGUAACCAUAGCAACCAGGUCAGCUGGACCAAAAACAUGAGGAACAUCCAAGAUUUCUGCCCUCAACAUGCUGGUUCAGAGUGUGUCUCUGCUGGUAUCUCUGUGUGCCUGGUGAAGACAGUCGUGUUCUCUGUCGGUCUGAUCGUCAUGGUGUCCGCCGUCAUCACUGUUCAUAUCAUGGAGAAGCUCAAGAAGAAAGAUCAUUCACCGGAGAGAAAAUAAGCUCUAAACUUUUGCAGCUGUAUUUUAGAAACAAUGUCAUUAGCUUCACAAGUUGUUUUCUGCCAUCAGAAAGUUUCAAAUCUAAAUUUACUCUGGGAAAAAUAUGUUGAAACGUUUGCUUCAGCCUGACAGCAGCUCAUAGCGCUCAGUAGAGGAAUGAAUGAGCACAAAUGUCUCCAGUAGUAGCCUUUUUGACUCCCUUGCUCUCUCUAUACAGCAUCUCACCUUGUACCCGCAGUGCUCUCUAGUGGCAGACACGUGAAUCUCCUCUCUCUGUAAAAGAUUACUCUUGAAUAAAAUAAGUACCAGCAGUAAAGAAAAGUUCAUAAUAAGUAAAAUCCUUCUACUCUGAGGUAAGACUGUAGUUGGAACACAAACAUACACAACACUCUUGCUACAUUUCGCUGUGAUUGUACCUUUAUGAUUAUAUGUGACAGUUUGAUUCACCUGAACUGAACUGAAUGUGUCUGAUUCUUCAAACCUUGUUAACCUUUAUUCCCACACUAUGAAGUAACCACAAUCAUCUGAGCUUCUCUUCCUCCAGGACAAUGUAAGUUAGAACAUAAGAUACGGUCUUUAUGCCAUUUGUAUUGAGGAGGUUUCAGGACAGCGUCAGUCUGUGGUCACAGCAUGAGGUUUUUGUCUGUUGAGAGAACAGGAAAGACAAAACCCUUUGGCCUGCUGUGCAAGUCAAAUGAUCUCCUAUUUCAGACCAGACUUUAGUGUUGAAGAGGGACAGAGAGCAGAUAAAAGCUGCUGUAUCAAUGAUGUCCUUAAGCAGCAGGAAGGAGGCCACGUUAGAUGUUUUCUGGACCUGUUGCUAAUAUAUUUUCAGAUUCAAAACGCAGCCUACAGCUUUUGUUGAAACAAAAUAAAUGUACUCAUGUUUAUCAUGUUUUAAUCAACUUUUACAUUCAAAUAUGUUUCCUCGACAAAAUAUUGAACUGAAUCAUUUUAAUCUACACCAACAGAUCUCCUACAGUAAAACAGAGAAGUUAGUUUACUCUUGUCAUGAAUACGUAUAUGUUGAAGGCGUAUGUGGUUUUGACAGGAAAAACAUAAGCGAGUUCAACCCUGUGGUAUAUCUGCUAGAGCAAAAACUGAACAGACACACAUUACUGAAGUCAAGACGACCAGACAGAGACUCUAUAAUGUCUAUCUUUGUGAUACUGGGACUGCUGGUCUGCAUAGAGGCACCAGGGUCCAGUGCUGUGACUCCUGUGUUUGUGAAGAAGGGAGAUGAUCUGCUUCUGAAUGUCACAGAUGAUGAUGAUCCUCAACGUUUUAUUAUUGUUGUGUGGAAAUUCAGAAAAAGUAUUUUAGUCUCAUUUUCAC